AUGGCGCAGUCGGGGUACUCAAACCCGCUCAAGAAGUUCAAGCUCGUAUUCCUGGGCGAACAAAGUGUGGGAAAGACGUCUCUCAUCACCCGCUUCAUGUACGACUCGUUCGACAACACCUACCAAGCGACAAUCGGCAUCGACUUUCUGAGCAAGACCAUGUACCUGGAGGAUCGAACCGUCCGCCUGCAGCUCUGGGACACGGCCGGCCAAGAGCGAUUCCGCUCGCUGAUCCCCUCGUACAUCCGCGAUUCUAGUGUGGCCGUGGUGGUAUACGACAUCACGAACAAGAAGACAUUCGAGAACACAAGGAAGUGGGUCGACGAUGUUAGAGGCGAGCGCGGCAACGACGUUAUCAUUGUGCUGGUCGGCAACAAGACCGACUUGAACGAUAAGCGCGAGGUCACUACGGCUCAGGGUGAAGAGGAAGCCAAGAAGAACAACUUGAUGUUUAUCGAGACGAGCGCCAAGGUCGGACACAAUGUAAAGGCACUGUUCAAGAGAAUCGCGCAAGCAUUACCGGGUAUGGAGGGCGAAGGUCAACAAGGGCAGAGUCAGAUGAUCGACGUGAACAUCAACCCAUCGCAGCCACCAGCAGACUCGUCGUGCGCGUGUUAG